AUGUGUUCACCUGUGACACCUGACGAGGCAAAGUACGAAGAUCCUAUCAAUGGGCAAAAUGGUACUUUCAAGACCAUUGCAGUGAGCGAGAAAUACGCCGAUGAGACUCUUCGUUUGGUCGAGGCUCACGGGGCUGAAUUUGGCCCUUUGACAUCUGAAAAGGAGAAAAGAUUGAAGUGGAAAUUAUACCUACAUGUUAUGGGUUUAUUAUCUGCCAUCAAUUUACUGCUCUUUAUCGACAAAUCCACUCUAGGAUAUGCUGCUAUUCUUGGACUAUUUGAAGAGACAAAGAUCACAAAGGCUCAAUAUAACAAUCUAGGAACAUUCUUUUAUGUUGGUUAUCUCGCCUUUCAAUGGCCUGGUCAUUAUUUGAUGCAACGACUUCCUUUGGCUAGAUUCGUUGCUGGGUUGGUAUUCUUUUGGGGUGUAACUGUCUUUCUUCAUUGUGUCGCUACCCGUUAUGCCGGACUAGUGGUCCUUCGAUUAGCACUUGGAGCGGCUGAAUCUGUUGUUGUUCCAGCUAUGGAAAUGACCAUUGGGAUGUUCUUUGAUCGACACGAGCAAUCUGUUCUUCAACCUGUCUUAUGGUUAACAUCAGCUCUAGCACCUCUAUGUGCCGCAUUCAUCUCAUAUGGGCUUUUGUGGAGCGAAAGCAAGGUGUCACCUUGGAAGUUGUUCAUGAUCGUAACUGGUGGUAGUUCCAUUCUCCUUUCCAUCCUUGUAUGGUUCAGAUAUCCUGAUAACCCAGGACAUGCGACAUUCCUCACUCUCGAACAGAAGGUACAUACCAUAAACAGGGUUCAUCAAUCAAGUCAAUCUUCGAUCGAGCAGAAAGUAUUCAAACCUAGUCAAUUCAAAGAAGCUAUACAAGAUCCAAUUUCGUGGCUCUUCACCCUAGCUGUUUUCUGCCUGAUGAUUUCGAAUAAUCUGACUUAUGGACAACAAAAUCUCAUCACUACAUCUUUAGGUAUCACGACCCUUGGGUCAACACAUGUCGCAGCUGCCGGUGCUGGUUUUGGAAUCAUCGCUUGCAUUCUUGCAGCUUGGGCACUUCAUAUUUGGCCAACACAUUUUGCUGUUCAUGGAUUAGUAUGGUGCAUCCCAGCUAUUGCUGGAGGUAUUGGUAUGAUCACUAUUUCGUGGGACAAACCUUUAGCUAUGUUGGCUUGUUUGAUUUUAGCCGGUCACACAUAUGGAAACACCUACAUUAUUGCUUUAGGAUGGACAAACUCAUCGAGUGCAGGUUAUACUAAGAAACUGACCAGAAACGUGAUGUGGAUGUUUGGUUAUUCAGUUGCCAAUCUCAUCUCUCCUCAAAUAUGGGUUCCUCGAGACGGUCCAAGAUAUUAUGGGGCAUGGAUAGCUCAAAUCAUAGUAUCGGAGAGGCGAGAAUGGGCUGUAAGUCUGGGCGAGGAAGAAAAGCCUGCAGAAGGUGAAGUGGAGGAAAUUGAUGAGGUUACAGGUGAAAUAAUCAAGAAGAAAGUAGACAUUGCACUGCUGGAUUUGACGGAUUUGGAGAAUAAACGGUUUAUAUAUCCCUUAUAG